ACACCCCCCAUCCUGUGCAAACAGAGCCUCCCACCUAUGGGUCUACAGCCCUCUGGGGCAUCCUUGGGAUAGAGACUGUGAAAGACCUUGGUGUUCUAGCCAAAGAAAUUCUGCACAGCAUGGAGGAAGCCGCUCUGGCCCGGAAGUGAACAUCCCCCGCGACUCUGUAGCCGGAAGCGGAAGUACAAGCUCUGUCUACUCUUGGCUCUGUACCCGGAAGCGGCCGGCGUCCUGCGGCCGUUAUGGCGGCUGGUGGGAGCCUGAGCCGGACGGAGCGGAAAGCGGCAGCACGAGCCGAGAUUCUGCAGCAGGAGGAGCAGCGGGACCGGCGCAGACAGGUGUCCCGGCUCCUGAAGAAGCCGGUGGCGGAGCGGAACCCUGAGGAGAGCCUGCUCCUGGGCGAGUGUGAGGAUAUCGUGCGGGAGCUGGAGCGGCGGCGCAAGAAGCGCGAAGGGCUGCGCAGGAGGCAGGAGGAGGUGGGUGCUCGCUCGUGCUGGGACGUUGAAUGCCCCUCUUGCGGACCCCGCUAUAAUCAUUGUUAUCCAAUGAAUCGCUAAGCCACGUGAGCACAUCAGACCUCCGCCCUCCCUUGGAUUUCUGUCCGCUUGCCCUGCCACUUCAAAGGCAUAGUCCUAAUCUUCAAAGCUGCUAAGGAUCAGGACCCUGCACG